AUGCGGGCUGUGUGUCAGUUUUUAUGUGUGCUGCAGCUGCUGCUGCUGCAGCAGCUGCACCCAGCAGCAGCAGCAGCAGCAGCAGCAGAGGACGCGGACGCACCAACUAGUCCGCGGGACGAUGCUGCACUCUACGAAGCAGCAGCAGCAGUAGUAGCAGCAGCAGGAGCAGCAGGAGAUUCUGCGCUGCGUCACUCGGUGUCUCGCGGCCGAGCAGCUAACAAAGCAGCAGCAGCAGCAGCAGCAGCAGCAGCAGUAGCAGCAGCGGGAGAGCCCGCACACUCGAAGGAGGCGAAGCCCGUGCUGCAAAGCAACAACAGCAGCCACCGCAGCAGCACCAACGGCAGCAUGUGGAGAAGCAGCAGCAGGAGAAGGAGCCGCAGCAGCCGCAGCAGCAGCAGCAGCAGCAACGUGGGGGCCCGGCUGCAGCAAACAGCAGAAAGGGUUUACCGGCUGCUGGUGGUUUUGGGGCUUUUCUUCGCGCUGUGCGUUUUGCUGCGGGAGCAGCGGGAAGUUGAGAAGUUGAAGAGAAAAAAAAGCAAAAGUGGAAUUAAUUUAAUUCCGAAAGAAGAAAACAAAUAA